CCUUGCUUCCGGUUCCCGCCGCUGCCGCUCGCUCGCCUCACCUCUCGGUGGACUCGGAAUCAUGGCGGCCACGGCCACGAUGGCGACGUCGGGCUCCGCGCGGAAGCGGCUGCUCAAAGAGGAGGACAUGACCAAAGUGGAGUUCGAGACCAGCGAGGAGGUGGACGUGACCCCCACGUUCGACACCAUGGGCCUGCGGGAGGACCUACUGCGCGGCAUCUACGCCUACGGUUUUGAGAAGCCUUCAGCAAUCCAGCAGCGCGCUAUCAAGCAGAUAAUUAAGGGGAGAGAUGUCAUAGCACAGUCUCAGUCUGGCACGGGUAAGACGGCCACCUUCAGCAUUUCCGUCCUCCAGUGUUUGGAUAUCCAGGUUCGAGAAACCCAGGCUUUGAUCUUGGCUCCAACAAGAGAGUUAGCGGUACAGAUUCAGAAGGGUUUGCUGGCUCUGGGGGACUACAUGAAUGUACAGUGCCACGCCUGCAUUGGGGGCACCAAUGUUGGGGAGGACAUCCGGAAGCUGGACUAUGGGCAGCAUGUUGUGGCAGGCACCCCGGGACGUGUCUUUGAUAUGAUUCGCCGUAGAAGUUUAAGGACACGGGCCAUCAAGAUGUUGGUUUUGGAUGAGGCUGAUGAAAUGUUGAACAAAGGUUUCAAGGAGCAGAUCUACGAUGUGUACAGGUACCUGCCGCCAGCCACACAGGUGGUUCUCAUCAGUGCCACAUUGCCUCAUGAGAUCCUGGUUGACUGGCUGACGGAGAAGAUGAGAGAAGCAAACUUCACUGUGUCGUCCAUGCACGGGGACAUGCCCCAGAAGGAGCGUGAGUCCAUCAUGAAGGAGUUCCGCUCAGGUGCCAGCCGAGUGCUCAUUUCUACAGAUGUCUGGGCUCGGGGCCUGGAUGUCCCUCAGGUGUCCCUCAUCAUUAACUACGACCUGCCCAACAACAGAGAACUGUACAUUCACAGGAUCGGGAGAUCGGGGCGAUACGGCCGCAAAGGUGUGGCCAUCAAUUUUGUGAAGAAUGAUGACAUCCGCAUCCUCAGGGACAUAGAACAGUACUACUCCACCCAGAUAGACGAGAUGCCCAUGAAUGUGGCUGACCUGAUCUGAAGCUGGUGCUCGUGCGUCAAGGGCCUGGAUAUGGCUCCUAUUGUGAGCUCCUCCUUGGAAACGGGAAGCCUCUAUUUAAUGGGGUUUAAAUGAACUGUCUUCUCACAGCCCCGCAGGAAGACCCUUGGGCGCUGCCAUCUUUUCUAACCCACAUGUAAAUAAUCCAAUGCUUUGAGCCUUUUACAUUAAACAUGGAAAUUUUCCCAUGA